AUGGCAGAUCCAAAACCCUUGAAAGAUAAAGUCGUCCUCGUGACGGGAGCGGCCCAGGGCCUCGGCGAGGUAAUCUCCAAGUACGUCGCCGCGCGAGGCGCGAUCCUCUCCCUCGCAGAUCUGCAGAAAGACAAACUCGACGAGGCGGCGGAGCGCAUCAAAGCGCUGUAUCCCGACGUCCAGAUCCUGACGUGGGCCGUGGACAUCACGGAUCCGAAGAGCGUGGAGGAGUGGGUCGCCGCGACGAAGGAGAAGUUCGGGCGGGUCAACGGCUGCGUUAACAAUGCCGGUAUCAUAGGCAAAGACGCGGGUCCCAUAACAGACCUCAGCCUCGAGGAGUGGAAGAGCGUGAUCGACGUGAACCUGACGGGGCUGUUCACGUGCCUCAAGUACCAGCUGCGCGCCAUCGCCGACGACGGCAGCAUCGUCAACAUGUCGAGCGUCGCCGGCCUGCGCGGCUCGCCCUUCUACCCGGCCUACGCCGCUUCGAAACACGGCGUCGUGGGCCUGACCAAGGUCGCCGCUGCCCAGUCCGCCCACCGCGGCGUCCGCGUUAAUGUCGUGUGUCCAGCCAUCUCGGACACGCCCAUGUGGCACCAGCUGCGCGACCAGACCGGCGACCUCCGCGUCGAGGACUUCCCGCAGCUGUUCAAGCGGUACGUGACGCCGGACGAGGUCGCUUCCAUGGUCGGGUACCUGCUGUGCGACGAGAGCAAGUUCCUCACGCGGACGGCGUUCCCGGUCGAUGGUGGGUAUUGUGGUUGA